AUGAGAAACCAAGUUCCACCUUCAAGUGAUGAAGAAUAUGAUAACCACAGUGACAUUUUAUCACCAAGUCAUUCAUCUUUUCAUAACUGGUGGAGAUCAGCAAAAGAAUUCGAUGAAAAUGGUUGUCUAAAACUUGAUUACAACAACAUUCCUAUUACAGAUCUUACACCAAGAUUGAAAGUUAUUAGAGAAAUGGAAAGACUUGCUUUAAUUUCUCCUGAAGGUCUUGAUGAUCUUAGACAUAAACUACUGAGUUACAGGUCUGGUGAUUUUUGGUUACCAAUUGGUGGCAUUAAGAAAGAAGAGAUGGAUAUAUCUCCAGUUAUUAUAAUUCUCUUAGUUGGAUUCUCUGGUGCUGGAAAAAGCUCUAUUAUCAAUCUUAUGUAUAGUGUUCUUGGUAGAUCUGGUCUCAUUCCUUUCACUCAUACUUCAGCAGGGGUGUCACCGGAGUAUCAAUCCAUGUUCAUGGAAGAACACAAUGUAUUAAGAUCUAUGAGAAGUGGAUUUUGUGUUUACGACUCGAUAGGCUUAGAUUACAGUCAAUUAGGUGAGAGUCUGGAAGACGUAAAUGAUUGGAUGGUAGCCGGAGUUCAGCAUCACCAACUCUAUCGUAGACCAAGAGUAGAAGAAAGUUUGACGUCGGAGUCUACAAUGCCGUCUACAUCUAGAUUUGCAAGGAGACAAGUUAACUGCGCUGUGGUAGUCUACAAUGCCGUCUACAUCUUGAACGAUGCUUCCAUUUUAUCAUAUAUAACGGAUCAAAGACUUAAUAAACUUUCCUUUACCUUCCCGUGGAUGUAG